UCCUCGGGGAGGGUCGUUUCUUGCCCCGCGGGUCCCAGACGGGGAUUCUGGGAGGUGGGAGACAGUUCUAGCUGUGUGGCCCUUGUCCUGUGCGAGCGCGGGCGCGCCUCGAACUCCCGGGCCUGGCCAGGCUGGGCGCGGGGCUGCGCUCCUCCCGCGUCCCUGGACCGUGGAGCCUGUCUCUUGCGGCUCGUGGCGCGCGGGGAGGUUUCGGCGUACUUGCGGAGGGCGUACCUGCGGAGGGCGUACCUGUGCGUGAGGAGAGGGCAAGAUCCAGCCUGAGUGACCCGCGUGCCAGCCUCUCCGCGUAAGGGUGGCCCCUGGGUGGGGUGAAGCUCCACCGUCUCCUCUGGUCCCUGACCUCAGCGUGGGCCACCAGCUACAAGAUGAACUGUCGCUCGGAGGUGCUGGAGGUGUCGGUUGAGGGGCGGCAGGUGGAGGAGGCCAUGCUGGCCGUGCUGCAUACAGUGCUUCUGCAUCGCAGCACCGGCAAGUUCCACUACAAGAAGGAGGGCACCUACUCCAUUGGCACUGUGGGCACCCAGGACGUGGACUGCGACUUCAUCGACUUCACCUACGUGCGCGUCUCCUCCGAGGAGCUGGACCGUGCUCUGCGCAAGGUCGUCGGGGAAUUCAGGGAUGCUCUGCGCAACUCCGGGGGCGAUGGGCUAGGGCAGAUGUCCCUGGAGUUCUACCAGAAGAAGAAGUCUCGCUGGCCUUUCUCCGAUGAGUGCAUCCCCUGGGAGGUAUGGACGGUCAAGGUGCACGUGGUGGCCCUGGCCACGGAGCAGGAGCGGCAGAUAUGCCGGGAGAAGGUGGGGGAGAAGCUCUGCGAGAAGAUCAUCAACAUUGUGGAGGUGAUGAACCGGCACGAGUACCUGCCCAAGAUGCCCACGCAGUCAGAGGUGGACAACGUGUUCGACACGGGCUUGCGGGACGUGCAGCCCUACCUCUAUAAGAUUUCCUUCCAGAUUACCGACGCCCUGGGCUCCUCUGUCACCACCACCAUGCGCAGGCUCAUCAAAGACACCCUGGCCCUCUAGGUCUCUCCAGGGCCUCGGUGCUCCUUGAUGGCUUAUGGACCUUGGCUUCUGGGGGUCGUACUGUUAGGCCCUUGGGGCUCUGGAACCCGCUCCGGGUCCUUGAUAAGACUGGGAAGGGCCGCCCUGGCUUCCUCGUGCUGUGGAUGCCAGUCUCUGGUCGUCCUUGUCACCUUCACUGAUGGUCAAGUCUGGCCUGCACUGUCUCUCGAUACUCCUGGUUUCGGGGGGGUUUCCCCUUUCCUACACUGUACAGAGGAGCCAUCACUAGGAUGGUGAAUAAAGCUGAGAGUGUGAGUUUGG